AUGUCAUUACCUCUCCUGACACUGCCACAUAUAAUAUCUCCUUCCCUUGGGUUGUCUUUGUUGACAGAUGUACUACCCCGCCUGUCUCAUUCGAAUCCUGCUGUCCGAAAGAAAGCGGUGGUCAACCUGUACAGGAUAUCGCUAGUCUACCCAGAAGCCUUUAGGAUUGCUUGGCCAAAAAUCAAGGAGCGCUUGAUGGAUGAUCAAGAGGAUAGCAGCGUUACUGCAGCCGUCAUCAAUGUUGUCUGUGAACUGGGCUGGAGACGGCCUCAAGACUUCCUUCCACUUGCUCCCCGACUAUUUGACCUUUUAGUUGAUGGCGGGAAUAAUUGGAUGGCCAUCAAAAUCAUCAAAUUGUUUGCAACAUUGACACCACUGGAACCACGGCUGGUUCGGAAGCUCCUCCGCCCUUUGCUUAAUAUCAUCCAAACAACUACAGCAAUGUCUUUGCUUUACGAAUGUAUAAAUGGAGUAAUCCAAGGGGGCAUCCUGGAGAACGCGGAUGGUGUGCGCGAAGGAGAGGAGAUCGCCAAUCUCUGCGUGGAGAAACUUCGAGGCAUGAUUGUCAUGGAAGGAGAUCCCAACUUAAAAUACGUUGCGCUUCUUGCAUUUAACAGGAUUGUGGCUUCGCACGCGACAUUGGUCGCCAUGCAACAAGAUGUCAUCAUGGAUUGUUUGGAUGACAACGAUAUUUCCAUCCGGUUACAGGCGCUCGAGCUCGUAUGCGGCAUGGUGACUAGCGACUCCUUACAUACAGUUGUGACAAGGCUAAUUACCCAACUCCAAACGUCCCCGGCGACAAUGGACGACGCUCACGUUAGCUCUACCAUGCCCGAUGGGUUAACUCCCUCAGCCGAUAUUGAUGGAGACGAUCCAGAGGAGCAGCUGCAUUCAACCCACAAGAGAAAUGAAUCAGUUCUCGCCUUGCCUAACCACUACCGUAACGAAGUUCUUCACCGAAUACUGGAUAUCUGCUCACGGGAUACAUAUUCGUCGAUUGUGGACUUUGAAUGGUACGUUGAGGUGCUUGUGCAGUUGGUCCGCCUUGUACCGCCACGCACAGCUGCGGGCUCGUCGGAAUUCCAGUCUCAGAAAGGUGGCGUUGCAGUUCGGAUUGGAUACGAACUUCGCAACGUCGCUGUGCGGGUAAAAAGCGUGAGACCCGAAGCCACUCGAGCUGCAGAAUCGUUGGUAUUGAUGGAUAAUCGAGCGAUUCUGUUCCCCGCCGCCAGUGCUGUGGGUGCCGAUAUACUCGAAUUUUGUGCCUGGAUAGUUGGGGAAUAUGCAGAAUACCUAGAGGUCCCUGAUCGCACAUUCACGUCCUUGAUUCAUCCCUCCAAUAUUUCCCUACCGAGCGCUGUUUUGUCGUCCUAUCUUCAGGCCAUACCAAAGGUCUUUAUUUCUCUGACGACGAAGUUUCAAGGCUGGGAUUCUUCGAGACAAAGCGAGGUUUCACUUCUGCUAGCACGAGUCACUGACUUUCUAGAGAAGCUAUCAUCUCACCCUGACUUGGAUGUUCAGGAACGCGCUAUUGAAUUUCUCGAACUCCUCCGUCUCACUGCAGAGGCUAUCUUAUCGCAGGACGCCGAUUGCACUGAUGCUCCACUUCUCCUGUCAUCAGCGAUUCCGAGCUUAUUCACUGGUCUUGAACUUAAUCCUGUCGCUGUGGGUGCUCAGGCGAAAGUUCCUCUUCCAGAGAAUCUCGACUUAGACAAGCCUUUAAACGACAGACUCCACCACAUUCUCAAAGAAUCAGAGAACGACUGGUUGGGUGCAUCCGAUCAAGGUGACCUCCGAGACUUUUACUACACCCCCGAGACCGCCAGUACGAAACUUCAGUCCUACACCAAAGAAUCCACAAUACCCAACACCAUGCAGCCAUCCUACCAAAAUAUGCCUGACGAUUUUGCCGAAAAAGCCGAAGCCAAAGACCGCCGACGAGCUGAGCGCAGGGAUCGAAACAGAGACGAUCCAUUCUACAUUGCAUACGAGGAGGGGUCGUCGGGAACUUCAACUCCCUUCCACCAAGUCCUUCGCACAUCCAAUGGCGAGGAACUGGAUAUCGAUUCCAUCCCCAUCAUUGACCUAGCGAUCGAAAGCAGUGAAACGACAACGUCGCAAUCAGCAACGAGGGUAGGAGAGAGACCACCUAAAAAAGCCCAUUCAAAGCGCAAAAAAGUGGAAAUACUGGGUGACGAAACAAUAACCAUCACCGACGAGCGCGCUGCAUCCACGGCAGGCGUCACAAAGACUACGGCGACUACGGGAAAACCCAAAAUUAAACGCUCGCUGCUGGAAGUUGAUUCGAGCGGGUUAUCUAGUCUUUCUCUCGAAGAGCCUAGCUGGCCAGGAGGACCAGGGCCAGCAGCGCCGGCCCUGAGUAUACACGAUAUCGAACGCCGGGAAGCGGAGGAGGCGGAGAUGGCCACGGCGAUGCGGGAGAUUGAGAGGUUGAGGUUAGAGAUGCAGCGGGCAGCAGAGCGGGUGCAGGCGCCUGGUGUGCCACCGGAGGGGACACUUGUUAAGCGAAAGAAGAAGAAGAAGAAGAAGAAGAAGGAUCAGGAUGAUCCGGAGGCGAAGGAGGCAAAGGCUCAGAUGAAAACGAAGAAGCGACAGGGUAAGGAAGGCGGUGUAGGUAGUAACAGAUCCCUGACACCAAGCGCCACAGCUACUGGCGGUACCAACGAUCCUGCAAUAAGUAGUAGCGAAGUGGGCGGAGGCGGGAUAGAAGUCGAAGUGAAACGGAAGAAAAAGAAGCAAACGUCGUCAUCUUCUAAGAAAAAGAAAGAUACUGCUUCUGCUUCUGCUUCUGCUGCUGUUGCUGCUGCUGCUGCUGCUGCCGCCGGUCCGAGUGCUGGUGUUGAUGAGGAUCUAUCAGGUUUGGGGGGUGGCAUAUAA